GCCUCGUUUCUAUGGCUGAACAUAUCACCGCCAUUUUGGAUUAAUUUUUGUCAAAAUAUGUCCCUUGAAGAGCAAAAUACAACUCAAAUACAGCUAGAGAACAUUGGUGUCGAUUAUGCACAGUUCCUUAGCCAAGCCACCAUUGCACAUGUUGCUCAUGUGUCUGAAACUGGAGAAAUUGUUGCAUUUGUUGAACAACAUGUAGAUCCAAACCAGCAGGAAAACAUAGACUCAAAUCAAAUCACAUUAGCCAACUUUGAUCCACAGCAACUCCAUGUUGAACAUGUGGUGUUUGAACAGUUACCAGAAGGGACCCAGAUUCAAACUUUGGAGUUUUUACCUCCCCUUCAACAGCAACAACAGCAGCAUCAGCAGCCAAUACAGAUUAUUGAACCAAAAAAGACAGAGAUCAAACCUCCUGUUGGAAAGGGCCCAUUUCCAUGUGAGUCUUGUGAUAAAAUAUUCCCAAAAUGGAACCAACUUCAAAGACAUAUAAAGACCCAUGAUGAAGACAAGCCAUUUCGCUGCUCACAAUGCAACAGCUCCUUCAAUAUUGAAGAUAAUCUCAAAUUACAUCAGGCCACCCAUGUGCCACUUGAUGGGGAACCAACCUGUCCAGAAUGUGGCAAGACAUUCUCACGUAUUGCUAGUCUGAAAGCUCACAUAAUGCUGCAUGAAAAAGACGAAACAUUGAUGUGUACAGAGUGUGGGGAUGAAUUUGGUGUGCAGUCUCAACUUAACAAACAUUUACUGGAACACAGACAAGAAGAAUCCGGGAUGAAGUCUUAUCCAUGCAAACAGUGCAACAUGCAAUUUAAUAAAGCAGCUAUUCUUAGAGAACACAUGAAACAGCAUUAUAAAAUAAAAGCCUCAUUGACACACAGACCUUACAAACGAAAUGUUGAUAGGUCCUCUUUUCAUUACAAAUGUCAGCACUGUGGGAAAAUGUUCCAGAAACCUAGUCAGUUGGUCAGACACAAUCGUAUCCAUACAGGAGAAAGACCUUACAAAUGUACUUUAUGUAACAGAGCAUUUAACCAGAAAGGGGCUCUCCGAAUACACAUGAGUAAACACACUGGAGACAAACCUUUUAUGUGUGAUUUCUGUCCUCAUGUUUUUGCUCAGAAAGGAAAUCUAAGAGCUCAUAUUAAGAGAGUGCAUACACUUCCUGAAGAUGGACAGGAGUUUCAAACAUUCAGAUGUAGUGAAUGCAGCUGUGUUUUUAAAAAACUUGGAAGUUUGAAUGCUCAUAUUAGUCGUGAACAUGCAGAACAAACAGAGAUUCCUAUGCCUAAUGAUUCUGGUAAACAACUUAUAACAGAAGAACAGAAUGACAUGGUUAUAAACCAGAUUUUAGGUUUGUCUGAACAACCAGCUGAUCAAGAUGAAUCCAAUCAACAUGGUACUGAAAAUCAAUUACAGGAAAUUGAUGGACAGCAGGUUUCGAAUAGUGAUAUUCUACAGCAAGCUUUAGAGAACAGUGGUCUUCCUAGUGGUGAAACAGGAACAGGACAGGUAGUGCCAUCAUCGUCUGGUACAGAAUUGGUACCUGUUGCUCCAAUGCCUAUCUCUGUAUUACAGCAUACACCAAUAACACAAACUGUGACAACCAUGACUCUAUGUGAUUCUGCUACUGGUUCUGUCAAAAAGCAUAUUAUUAGAAAGGUGAAUGGUGUGAGAUGGCAUCAGUGUACAUAUUGUGCGAAAGAAUUCAAGAAACCAAGUGAUCUAGUUCGUCAUAUUCGUAUCCAUACUCAUGAAAAGCCUUACAAGUGUACCCAGUGCUUCCGAUCUUUUGCUGUGAAAAGUACAUUGACAGCUCAUAUUAAAACUCACUCUGGAAUUAAAGAUUAUAAAUGUGAUUUGUGUACUAAAAUGUUUUCUACUCAAGGCAGUUUGAAAGUUCAUCUUAGAAUGCAUACUGGUGCUAAGCCAUUUGAUUGUCCGCAAUGUGAGAAGAGUUUUAGGACGUCUGCUCACAGGAAAAGUCACAUUACAUCACAUUUUAGAGAUGGAGAUAUGGAUAAAAGACCUAAAAGAAUGUUUAGGAGAGCCAAUAAACAGGACUUGGUUCCAGAUAUACCACUCCAGGAGCCAAUAUUGAUAACUGAUACAGGGCUUAUUCAGCAACCGCCAAGAAAUAAUUUGUUGAAUCAAUACCUGGGAGAAGCUGCCAGUGUGGAUAGACCAUAUAAAUGUGGAUUCUGUUCACGUGGAUACAAAAAAUCCAGUCAUUUGAAACAGCAUGUUCGAUCUCAUACAGGAGAGAAACCCUACAAAUGUAUUCAGUGUAUGAAGGCGUUUGUUUCCAGUGGUGUGCUGAAAGCUCACAUCAGAACCCAUACUGGUGUGAAAGCUUACAAGUGCCUAAUCUGUGAUACUAUGUUUACCACUAAUGGAAGUCUGAAACGUCACAUGUCAACACAUAGUGAGGUCAGACCAUUCAUGUGUCCCUAUUGUCAAAAAACAUUCAAAACAUCAGUCAACUGUAAAAAGCAUAUGAAAACACACAGACAUGAGUUGGCUCUCCAAGCCCUACAGAAUGAUGGACAGGAUGUUGGUGAAGAUAGUCAAGAUGCUACAGACAAGGAUCAGACUGACCUUGUGGAGGAAAACAAUUUGGCUGACCUUGUCCUUCAACAAACUGACCAAUCUGGUAACAUUAACCAGAAUGACAGCCUGGCUCAGGCCAGUAUUCAGGAUGCUCUCAAUUCUGCUAGUCUGGAUCAACAGUUCCAGCAAACUCUUAAUCAUCAGAUAUUUGGUCAGCCACAGACAUUUAGUCAGAGUUUAUUAGGAACAGGACAACAGAAUUUUGCUCAGUUGAAUCAACAUAUCAAUAAUCAAAUUCAACCUCAAAAUGUCAUGACCUCUCAACUUAACAACCAGAUAACCAAUCAGAUGUCCACAUCUAUGAAUAACCAAUUUACUACAUCCCUCAAUGAUUCUAUGGUGACGUCCAUUACCAGUCAGCAUGGAGGCCAGCUAGAGGGUACCAUUUUUAAUCCAAAUAGUUUCCAAAUGCAGGGACAACCACUGCAAGAUCUAAAUUCAUUGAACUUUAGCCAGGGAGUGACCUCUUUGACCACAAGUCUACCAAGUACUUCUAUGCAGAAUAUACUGCCUACAAGUGACAUAUCCAUUUUGGAGGCACAGGAAGCAGAAACAGUGGACAAGGACCAACCUGCAGAGCCACCCCAAGGGACAGAAUCCUUACAAAAAGAGGAUGAUGAUGGAGCUAGACAGUAUCCGUGUACCUUAUGUGAUAAAGCUUAUAAGAAGUCAUCUCAUCUUAAACAGCACAUGAGAUCUCACACAGGAGAGAAACCUUAUUCCUGUUAUCAAUGUAGCAAGAGUUUUAUAUCAGCUAGUGUACUCAGAUCACACCAGAGAACUCACGAUGCAGUCAAACAAUUCCAAUGUACUUUCUGUAAAGCUGAGUUUACCACUAAUGGUUCAUUGGUCCGCCAUAUGUCUGUCCACGAUCGUCAGCGGUCACAGAAAUGUCCUUACUGUGAAGAAUCAUUCAAAUCAUAUAAUAUGAUGAAGAGACAUAUGAAAACCCAUAGUGAUGUGAUUGAGGAGGACAUAGCCUUAAACAAACGUCCUAAAUCUUCGGUGAUGAAUUUAGUUUAUGAAGAACAAGCACAAGAAAUUGAUGAAGAGGUCCAAGAAGAAGACCAACUUAAUGUGUCCAAGAAAAUAUUGGAAGAUUCAUCAGACAAAGAAAAAGUUGUGGCAGAUAAGGAUGAUGAGAAUGAUGAGGAUGAUGAUAUGUACAAACAUGCACACCAGUGUAAUCAUUGUAGUAAAAGUUUUAAGAAGCCCAGCGAUUUAGUCAGACACAUAAGGAUACACACGGGUGAAAAACCCUUUAAAUGUGAUACGUGUGGCAGAGCAUUUACUGUCAAAUCUACACUGGAUAGCCACAUGAGAACUCAUACCAGUACAACAAAGAAUUACAAAUGUCACGUGUGUGCAGCCAUGUUUGCUACAAAAGGAAGUUUAAAAGUUCACUUGAGACUACAUACAGGUGCUAAACCAUUCAAAUGUCCGCAUUGUGAUCAAAGAUUUAGGACAUCAGGAAAUCGUAAAAGUCAUGUGUUACAACAUUUCAAAUCAGAGCCUCCGAAAAGGAGGAAGGCAAGGGAACCAGAAGAAUCUGUUCAGAAUGUUGACUAUGUAUCGGCAAAUGAUGUACAAAAUGUGAUGACAAUUAAUCAGAACAAUCAAAGUCAUGUGAUUCAUUUAGACCAAUCAAUGCUAGGUGGUCACGGUAUAUUACCUGUACAAUUGACUGUACCUAAUGACACUCCUCUUGCAGGACUUUCAGAAAGUGCACUAGCCACCCAAGUAUUACAAGGGUUAGAAGGCAUACAGUUACAAUUGACAGGAAACCAGGGCGUGCAAAUUACAGGACUUGACCCUAAUAUAUUUUCACAGACUGUUCAGAUAGAUGCUAAUUUGUUACAACAGCUUCAGUCGCAAGGGAACAUUAAUAUAACAAUAAAUCCAAACAUACUCACUCAAGCGUUACAAACAGCAGAUCCUAACAUUAUACAGAAUGUUCAGAUACAGCAGCAACAGGAAGCAAUCAACCCUCACAUUAUAGUACAACCUAUGUCUGGUAUCACUGACCAGAACAUGAUGGCUACGUCUUGUGCUAGUGUAGUAAUGGCUGACGGAGCACCCAAUUCUUUUGUGGUGUCAGGAGAUGGAACCAUACCCAGUGAUCAGAUAACAGUUACACAGGCAGAUAUAACUGAAGUAGAUAUAACUGAAGGUAUGGUGGACAUGGGUCAAGUAGAUGAUGAUAACCAUGAAGAUGACGAUGAUGACGAAGUGGACCUAGAUGACAGUCUAGAGGAUAACUUACAUGGGACUGUUGACGAUGAUGCACUCCUACAACAGACUAUAGACCAUGAUAAUCUGACACACGGCAGUCAGUCGGCUAAUAUCAGUCUGCAGGAUGUAUCCCAGGCAGUUAAUCCUGUCACUGGAGAGAAUUAUGAUGAUUCUUCUCGCCAGUAUAAAUGUCAAAUUUGUGAUAAGUCUUUCAAGAGAUCUGGGCAUUUGAAAGAACAUCUGAUGAUUCAUCAACCGGACAGUAAACCUAGAUUUAAAUCUCCAGGCAACCACAAAUGUCAACAUUGUAAUAAAGCUUUCCAGAAACCUAGUCAGUUAGAGAGACAUAUACGUAUACAUACAGACCCAAGACAAAGAAUACAAAAGUCCUUCAUACCUAUUACGGAUUGCAUGUGUAUUACCAAAAGUGAGAGACCAUUUGUUUGUGAAAUUUGUUCGAAAUCAUUCAACCAGAAAAAUGCUCUACAGAUUCACAUGAAGAAACAUAGCGGUGAAAAACCACACAGGUGCUCAUAUUGUGAACUAGCAUUUACUCAAAAAGGAAAUCUCAAAACUCACAUAAAACGUGCUCAUCAUAUGGACAUGGUACAUUCUAUGAACAUUCCCAAAUCAUAUGUACCUCCUGCUGGUGCUAAUGUGAAUAUCAAAACAGAAGGGGAGGGGGGUAGUAUUCAUGAGGAUGGAAUCAGUUAUGAUGAAAUGGCUGAUUUGAUGAAUGUGAUAUGAGCCAAUACAAGUGCUCAUUGGUUAAAAGGCUUGUAUUCGAAUGUGUUCUAUGGACAGUAUUAUUACAGAGAGGGGGAGAGUUGUUGUACUUAUGAGGAUGGAAACAGUUAUGAAGAAAUGGCAGACCGGAUGUGAUACAAGACAACACAAGUGCUCAUGUGCUCAUUAUGUAUAAGACCAUUAUUUAAAAAUGCAUUAUUUUAAAAAUUGAUGUAAACAAUUAUGUAUGUGAAUUUUAUUUAAUAAUAAUCUGUGAAUGAAAGUUAUUUUUUAUGUGUGAGUUUUAAAAUGGGAUAAUGUGGUAACUUAACGCUGACUUCACACACUGCCAAAAUGAAUUACUUAACACUGAAUUUACACACUGCCAAAAAAUUACUUAACACUGACUUCACACACUGUCAAAAUAAAUUAACAAGAAAAUGUUUUUUUAUGAAAGCUGUUGUUAAGAGUUACAGCUAUUUAAUAAUGAAAAAAUUUCAAAUAUACAAAUUCUGUGGUAGUUUCUAAAAUCAUAAUUUAAAAAAUAUCCUUGGCAUAGCAUAUAACCUGACUUGAUGUAUGCAUAUUCCUGUAUCUAACACUAUAUUCUUAUUUUAAUACUUCACAAAUAUAAUUAUUUAUUUUAUUUGCAAUAACAUUAGAAUGUUUACUGAACAAAAUAUAGUGUUUCCUGAAAUAGUAAGAAUAGAAAUGAAUAACUUUGGAAUUUAACUUUAAUUUAGAUUUUUCAUGAAUUGUUCUUGAUUUUUACACAAAUUGCAAAUAACUGAGCUGUGAAAGAAUGUGCUAUAUAAUGGUUUGAAAAAUCUAGUCAUAUUUAAUAUUAAAUUAACAAAAGCAUCAAUACUGAAUCUCAUUAUCACCUUCAUUGAAGAGAUUAUUUUUUAAGUCAACAUGUCUGUCAUUAAUUCAGAAUAACACUGUUAAAAAUAAGGCCUAAUGAGUUUUCAUUAUUACUUGGCAACCAAUAUCAGUUAAUCAUCAACAUUUUGAGCCUCUUAGAAGAUCAUGUAAUGGUUGAGUGAACACUGUUACUUUAUUACACAUCAGAUAACAAAUAUGUUUGUCACAAUUUUUCUUAUAAGCUGAAACUUCUUAAGAAUUUCUGAGUCAGAUGAUGGUUUAUAUGAUAGAAUUGAAUGAAACUUGCAAGUGUUUAAGCAUAAGCGCCAGUAGAUUGGUAGAGCAGUUGUCAAAAAGAUAUUUUAAUUUAUUUGAAUGCAUGUUAUAAUUCUCCAUCCUGAGUUUUCAUUCAAGUUGUUUGCUGAUUUUUAAGCCUUCGUAAGAACUAAUUGUCCAGUUGACACCAAAUGUAGCAGAAAGAAUUCUCUGCCAAAUUUUAAGAAGCCCAUGGAUCUGUUAAACUGGAUUUUCCUGGCUAGACUAGCUGUCAGCACACAUACUUCUUGCAUGCACAAUAAGGAGUCUGCAUUGCCAAAAUUUGAAUGAACUGAACAUUUUCUUAAAAAAAUGCCAAUAUGUAUGAUCCCAUGUUAUGUAAAAUAUUCUUAGACUUUGUUUUUUCACAACUUUUAUAAUUCAGGUAGACAAACUCUUUGAAAAUCUAACCCUGGUACAACAAAGUUUAAUAGAAUAGUCUGUACCAAAGCCAUUUGCAUGUGUGAUCUGUGAUAAUGUUAUGUGUGAAAUUAUAACUUGAAUAUAUGGUCAUUAUUUGGUGGUUACUUGUUGAAACAUAAAAUGAUUUUUAACAUGUUAUAUGUUCCAUGACAUUUUUAGUGACUUGGACAUGAAUUCAUUUAUUUGAUUUUGUUGUGUUAGUAGAACUUGUUUAAUAUUGAACAAGUAAUUUGAUUUGUAAUAAAAAUCAUUCAUUGCA